UGGGAGCAAGCGGCAGCCGGCUGGGGGAGGGGGUGUCGGCGCACCGCGGAGUCCUGCGCUCCGUGAGCCUGGCACCCGGAGCAGCCGCCUCCCCCUCCCCCUGCCUAGACCGCUAGAAGCCCCCUCUCUUCCAUCAUCCCGGGGCGCGGGUGAGCUGGGCUCAGCUGCCCAAGGCGGGCGGGGCGGAGCCAGGAGCCCCACCAAGCGCUGCGGAGCGAACCUCACCUUUCCAGGGCGCAAGGGUGCCGUCCCAAUUAUAUUGUCCAGGCUGGCCUUGAACUCCCGGACUCAAGCAGUACUCCUGACCCAGCCACCGAAGGGACUACAGGAGUAUCACAGGAGUGAUGCUGUGUUCUUCACUGCAUGAUUUCAAAAGUGUGAGCCACUGCCCCAUGUUGUGUUGAUGCCAGUCUGCCAUGCUAGCCUGUCUACCAGGGCCAGGUAACCUGUCCUUUCAGCUUCUUUCUCACACGCAGAUGAACACUGGACUUCAGAAAUGGGACACUACACAGAAAAUGAGAACUGCUCACUAUCCUACCCCAGCCGAAUUGGAUGCGUAUGCUAAGAAGGUCGCAAACAACCCACUGACUAUAAAAAUCUUCCCCAACAGUGUGAAGGUUCCCCAGCGGAAACACGUUCGUCGUACUGUGAACGGCCUCGACACAUCAGCCCAGCGCUACAGCCCCUACCCGACACAGGCUGCCACCAAGGCAGGCCUGCUUGCCAUUGUCAAAGUGCCAGCCAAAAGCAUACUCAAGGACUUUGACGGCACCCGAGCCCGGUUGCUCCCUGAGGCCAUCAUGAACCCCCCAGUGGCACCCUAUGCUACUGUGGCACCCAGCACUUUAGCCCACCCCCAGGCCCAGGCUCUGGCCCGCCAGCAGGCCCUGCAGCAUGCACAGACCCUGGCCCAUGCCCCUCCCCAGACGCUGCAGCACCCUCAGGGUAUCCCGCCACCCCAGGCACUGUCCCACCCUCAGAGCCUCCAGCAGCCUCAGGGCCUGGGCCACCCUCAGCCCAUGGCCCAAACCCAGGGCUUGGUACACCCUCAGGCCCUGGCUCACCAGGGUCUCCAGCACCCCCACAAUCCCUUGCUGCAUGGAGGCCGGAAGAUGCCAGACUCAGAUGCCCCCCCGAAUGUGACCGUGUCUACCUCAACUAUCCCCCUUUCAAUGGCGGCCACUCUGCAGCACAGCCAGCCCCCGGACCUGAGUAGCAUCGUGCACCAGAUCAACCAGUUUUGCCAGACGAGGGCAGGCAUCAGCACUACCUCAGUGUGUGAGGGCCAGAUCGCCAACCCCAGCCCCAUUAGUCGCAGUCUGCUCAUCAAUGCAAGCACCCGGGUGUCGACCCACAGCGUCCCCACACCAAUGCCUUCAUGUGUGGUCAAUCCCAUGGAGCACACCCACGCGGCCACCGCCGCGUUGCCUGCUGCAGGUCCUGUCAACCUGCCCACAGGCAUCUCUCGCGUCCCCACUGGCUACCCUAGCGACCUCAAGCCAGUCACCUGGAACCAGCACCAGCUGGCCCACCUACAGCAGAUGUGCAGCGAGGCUAGUGGGACGCCAGCCCCUGGCCUGACAGGCAAGCAUGCGGCAGGACGCGAGUUGGCAGGGCCUGGCUUUGUAGGCAAGGCCCCUGCCUACCCGCAGGAACUCUGCCUGGCGCAGUCCUUCCAUCUGAAGCCACCCCUGGAAAAGCCGACCCCAUCCCCACCAGUCAACGGCAUGGCAGCCCCAUUGGCCUACCCCAAUGGUCACUACUUCCAACCCCUGUGGAACAACAUUCUGCCCACUCCCAAUAGCGACAGCUCGGGGUCUCAGGACCUCGCCAUGCCGUUCCACGGUGGGCAGCCCACAGGUGCACCCCUCGACUGUGCAGCAGCUCCUGGGGCCCACUACCGAGCAGGGACCGGGGGCGGUCCAGUGGCAAGCCAGAACAGCUUGAUGCAAACAGUGGAUUACCUAAGUGGGGAUUUCCAACAGGCCUGCUUCCGAGAACAGAGCCUGGCCAUGCUGAGCAAGGCCCACCGAGCCCCUGGCAACCGAGCCCCUGGCAACCGAGCCCCCGAUCCCACAGAGAGUCGAAGUCUUCAUAUUCAGCACCCAGGGUAUAGAUAGGUAGCCCUGCUGCCCUCCACGUGCAACACAUCAUACAUCACCCUCCUAGGUUUAGUCUUUUAAGUAACUGGAUAGUUUCAAAGUUUCACUGCUCCAGUGUGAUCAUUCUUAGAUGUCUAAGAAAGGGAAUUUGGUGGGAUCUAAGUGGGGACAGAAGAGGUCGUCUCGUCCUCCCCUCCAGCAACUUUUGGUUUUAUGUUAGAACCUAACCCUAAGCCCAGGCUUUUCUCUCCACUGCCUGCCUGUCAGCUAGUCUCUCCACCUUGGCCAUUUCCAGCCAGCUCCCACCCAUCUUUUCUUGAAUCUCUUCCUGUUUCCCUUAGGACGACUGAGGUGUGGGCUGACGGAAUGCCCUAGUUGAGGUAGUAUAGGUGCUCAGGCCCCUAAUCCAGACCUCUACCUGUUGCUACCCCCCUUCCCCUCCCUCCAGGACUAAGAAGCAAGAUUUCCCAGGUGCUUUGAAAGCUAAUUACUCAUCGAAGGAUCUCAAAUCAAAGCUGACCCAGUCUUCAUAUCCUUCAAGUUCCUUUCCAUUCCUCAAGGCUUUGUUUUGUGUCUAUAUUGAUCCCACAGCCACUGCACUUGCCCUUGCCACACUUGAUCUCAAGGGCAUCUUGGAAGUAUUUGACCAUUUCUUGAGAUAUGGGGGGAAAAAGUCUUUGUAUUGGCAUCUUGGUUCCAGACUCCCCUUUCCAAACCUAGAAAAAUACAGUGACCUUUGAGCAUACCCAAGAUCCCUUUCUCACUGUUGCCUGUCCCCUAACUCACCUCCCCACAGCCCCUAUCCUUUCCCCUCAACAAAAACAAAAUCUACCUUACUUGAGGAAUUAGGUAGGUAAGGAAUGAUCACAUUGGAGUUUGGGAUUAAAAACACCAAAAAAAAAAAAAAAAAAAAAUGCAUUUGGUUCUCUCUACACUGGCUAAGAAUAUUGCUCUACACUGUAAGUUUUAAACGUUACGUUUCUGUAUGAAUGUAGUGUGGGUUUGAGUAGCAUUGUGUGUGAGUGGCCCCACAGGUACAUUCACCCUCUAGUGCAGCCCCUCAGUUUAAUGAAGGAAAAAAAAACAAACACAAAGCCUUAAGCUCUUUGAGUACUUCCUUUACCAAAUGAGCAUGGUUCUAACACCUGGAGCUGGGCCUACAUUGGAAACAGCCCCUCCUGCCCUCUGUCCAUUCUUAGAGCAUACCUUCAUCCACUCCAUGCUCAGCACGUCUCAUCCCAAGCGACAAUUAGUUGGCUAGAAACACUUCUCUGUAAUUUUAAACUUAGACUGUUUUGUUACACAUUUUUGCACCAUUCUGUUAAAGAUGCAGAAUUGGGCUUUUUUAUUUUUUACAGAUGAAAUAAGCCCUUACCUUUCCUCUUGUCUCUGGGGAAUGUCAGCUGAUGGUUCUUAUUUAAGGUUUUGCAUUUUGUUCACUAUCCACUACUGUUCGUUAGCCAGAAAUUCUCUAGUGAUCUGAAGCAAUGUGACUGAAGACCAGUUUUAAGUUAUGUGUUGGCAAGUUGCCUUAUAUUUAAAAGGAAAAAGAAAAAAAAAAAGCCUGAUUGUGUUAUGCCAAAUGAUAGCAACAUGAAGUCCUAAUUUAUUGUUCCCAAUUGUUUUCCUGCCGUCUGUGAACACUGGUACCUCCCUGUUCUGAUCCCCCAGGAGCACCUGUAGCUUCUGACUCAAUGCCUUCUCCGAAGGUGUUGGCCGCCAUCUCACCCAGGGCCCUCUUCCAGUUCCUGCUUUUCUGAGUCAGAUUUAAAGAGCACCACUGUCUUCCCCCUAUCCCUUGCUUGAUCUCCAAAGCAGAUAUUCUUGCUGUAUUUUUUUUUCCUCCCCAAUACCUCUCCCUGAAAGGUGAGCUGCUAUUUUAGGAAACUGGACCAGACACCAACUUGGGGGCUUUAAGUCAAACAACCUCAAACCCAUCUCUUCCUGUGUAGGGGUGCAAGCCUCUGAAGCUCUCACUCCCACCCUUAGUCUGCAUGGAAAAUGUACUGUGAUCCCCCUACCCCCAACUGCCCUCGCCUUUGGUGUGAGAUGUUCCUUCCUUCGGAGUUCAGCCUGAGUCCCUCUCCCCUCUGCCAGCCAACCCCCAGCCAGCAAUAAGGGUCCAAGCCAGGGCCUCCUCUCCACACUCCCUGUCUCCAUCCUACACUACCCUAGGGAAUACCUGGAUUCCCCAUUCUAUCCACAUACUGUAGCAUUCAUUCUCCAUCUCUCUCACCUCACCUGUGGUGGUUUAUGGGUGUGAUGGGGUUUUUAAGAUUAUUAUAAACCAGUAAAAAUAAGAAAACCUCGCUUUCUGA